GCGGCCGGGGGCGGGGGCUGUGGAGAGGUGCCGCGGCGGCGGCGGUGGGUGCGAGUCGGCGCUGCCUGGUCCGGGCCAUGUCGGUGUGAGGCACCGCAGCCGUCACCCCCUCCUCUCCGGCUGGCCCGCAGAAACACGCACCAUGGGCUCCAUCCUGAGUCGCCGCAUCGCGGGCGUGGAGGACAUCGACAUUCAGGCCAACUCGGCCUAUCGCUACCCUCCGAAGUCCGCAGGAAACUACUUUGCUUCGCACUUUUUCAUGGGAGGAGAGAAGUUUGACACCCCCCACCCUGAAGGUUACCUCUUUGGAGAGAACAUGGACCUGAACUUCCUGGGCAGUCGCCCGGUCCAGUUUCCCUAUGUCACUCCUGCCCCCCAUGAGCCAGUGAAGACACUGAGGAGCCUGGUAAACAUUCGCAAAGACUCUCUCCGGCUUGUGAGGUACAAAGAUGAUGCAGACAGCCCCACAGAGGACGGUGAGAAGCCCCGCGUGCUCUACGGCCUGGAGUUCACCUUUGAUGCUGAUGCCCGCGUGGCUGUCACUGUUUACUGCCAGGCGGUGGAGGAGCUCGUGAACGGCGUGGCCGUGUACAGCUGUAAGAACCCUUGUCUGCAAUCUGAGACCGUCCACUACAAGAGAGGCGUUAGCCAGCAGUUCUCCCUGCCUUCUUUCAAGAUUGACUUCUCUGAGUGGAAGGACGAUGAGCUGAACUUUGACCUGGACCGGGGUGUGUUUCCCGUGGUCAUCCAGGCUGUGGUGGACGAAGGAGAUGUUGUGGAAGUGACUGGCCACGCCCAUGUGCUCUUGGCUGCCUUUGAGAAGCACGUGGAUGGCAGCUUCUCUGUGAAGCCGUUAAAGCAGAAGCAAAUCGUGGAUCGGGUCAGCUACCUGCUGCAGGAGAUCUACGGCAUUGAGAACAAGAACAACCAGGAGACUAAGCCUUCAGAUGACGAGAACGGUGACAACAGCAGUGAGUGUGUGGUGUGCCUGUCAGACCUGCGCGACACGCUGAUCCUGCCCUGCCGUCACCUGUGCCUCUGCACCUCCUGCGCUGACACUCUGCGGUACCAGGCCAACAACUGCCCCAUCUGCCGGCUGCCAUUCAGAGCCCUCCUGCAGAUUCGGGCUGUGCGGAAGAAGCCAGGAGCCCUGUCUCCCAUCUCCUUCAGCCCUGUGUUGGCCCAAAGUGUGGACCAUGAUGAGCACUCUUGUCCCUUUAAAAAAUCAAAGUCGCACCCUGCCUCCCUGGCCAGCAAGAAACCUAAAAGGGAAACAAGUUCUGACAGUAUUCCACCUGGCUAUGAACCCAUCUCCUUGCUUGAGGCACUCAAUGGUCUACGAGCUGUCUCCCCGGCUAUUCCAUCAGCUCCCCUCUAUGAGGAAAUCACCUACUCAGGCAUCUCCGACGGUGUUUCCCAGGCCAGUUGUCCCCUUGCUGGACUUGAUCGAAUCAUAGAAAGUGGCCUGCAGAAGGGCAAGACGCAGAGCAAGUCUCCAGACAGCACCCUGCGGUCUCCAUCAUCCCCCAUCCAUGAGGAGGACGAGGAGAAGCUCUCGGAGGACUCGGAUGCUCCUCUCCCACCAAGUGGUGUGGAGCUAGUGCUGCGGGAGAGCAGCUCCCCUGAGAGUUUUGGAACAGAGGCCGUGGAUGAGCCAUCCCUAAAGCAAGGGAGCCGAGUGCCCUCUAUUGAUGAUGUCCUGCAGGAUGGCAGUCCCCAGCAUCAUGGUUGCAACCAGCCAGUCCCUCCUGCUGACAUCUACCUACCAGGAUGGUCCACUUCCAUGGAGACGCCACACAGCCUUGGCACCACCAGCUCCCCCUGGCCUCUGCUGAGUGGCUCUAGUCCUGAGCCUGGAGCUGCUGAGCUGACCCCACUCUAAAGAGUCUUGCUUAGCGGGCAGCACAGAGCCCUCAGCAUCCCAAACAUUGCCAGGAGGCUUCCCUGGACCUCAGCGACACCCUGGCCUCUCCUGUCUGCACGCCUCAUGUGGCCACUGGGAUUUGAGGGGCCACAGUGAACCUUUAUCAAAUUGCACAGUGGGUUGUUCCUCCACACACCCUCCUUUUUUAUGGUCAAUGUAUUUGUAAAUGGUACAAGAUGAAGGAAAGCAGCUGUCUCCAUGGGCCUCAGGCCCUAGAGGGACUCUCCCCAACUGUCAAGCCUGGUGCUUUGAGCACUUAGCAAACCAGCAGAAGAGAAUCUACCCAUUGGAGUGAAGUGUCAUCUUCACAAAUGUUCUGCAAGGUGGGCAGCCCAGGUUACGGUUGAUGAAGGAAACUGCCUGUCUGCCUGUGUUAUGUGACCCAAGGCAGCCAGGCCAUUACUGCUGCUUCACCUGACAGAUGUCCUGACUAUGGGUAACCCUCCUCGGAGCCUCCAGGUCCCCUCCUGCUCUGCUCUACUACCUACUAGUGACCUCUGGCAGCUGUGGGCAAGGCCUGGGUAGUCAGACUGUGUUAACACCACAGUCCUUUGCAGUGGUCAGUGUCCAGUUCCCCCUCGAAGGUCCUGCUUCACUCACACCCUCACACGCCUCCAAGGUGGAGAUGUUUGUGCUUGCAGGGCAGCACUGCCCACUGCCUUCAAGGCAAGAGCCUGAGCAGCUUCCAUCGCAGGUCCAUCGCCAGUUACCUGUCCUUUUAUGUUUCUUCCUGAUUUAUUGUCUAUGGCUUCUGUCAGAGCCCACCUAGGAGCAGGAUCCUAGUGAUACUUUGUUCCUAAGGCAGAGGUGCCCUGGGCAGUGCAGCUCCACAGAGGGUUGGUAAAGGGACCUCAGCCUAAGGAGCUGCAUGGAGACCCCUCCAGGCUCAGGGUUGCUUGAGCUCUGGCGCUAACUCUGCUCCUUCCUAGCAGUGGCUGGCCUGGUGUCUGGUAAGCCUGUAAACACAGCUGUCUGCACACGCAUCUGUCUCCUGCUGAAUGCACAUAUGUGCACACGUCAGCACGUGCAUGCCCACCCUCGCCUCUCACCUGCCAACACCCUGGGCUCUGGUCAUGGCACUGGUGCCAGUACUUUGAAAGAUGGGAUGCAGACUGCACACUUACUGUCUCAGAUCACAUGCACUAUCAUUUGAUGUACUCUGAUUGGCUAGUUUGGGGUUCAUUUUUACUGUAUAUUUAUAGUAAUAAAAUCAUGCAGCAAUA